AUGGCGAGCAAGGAUGUUAAGUUCCCUCCUCAGAGCCAGGAGACUCAGCCAGGGAAAGAGUACAUAAUGAAUCCGAUUCCUCAAGCCAUAAGUCCAGACUACAAGCCCUCCAACAAGCUCUGGGGUAAGGUGGCUUUGGUGACAGGAGGUGAUUCUGGGAUAGGCAGAGCAGUGUGUGUGUGUUUUGCAAAAGAGGGUGCAACAGUUGCAUUUACAUACGUUAAGGGCCACGAGGACAGGGACAAGGAUGACACACUUAAGAUGCUGCUAGAAUCCAAGAAAAGUGAUGCACAAGAUCCUUUGGCAAUAGCUGCGGAUAUUGGAUUUGAUGAGAACUGCAAGCAGCUUGUUGAUCAUGUUGUCCAAGAAUAUGGACGCAUUGAUAUUCUAGUUAACAAUGCAGCCGAGCAGCACUUGACUAAAUCGGUCGAGGAAAUCACCCAAGAUCAACUAGAAAGAGUCUUCAAGACCAAUAUGUUUUCGCAGUUCUACUUGGUCAGGCAUGCACUGAUUCACAUGAAAGAAGGGAGUUCCAUUAUCAACUCAACCUCAGUUAAUGCCUACAAUGGAAGUCCUCAAGCACUGGACUAUACUGCAACGAAGGGAGCCAUUGUGGCCUUCACAAGAGGGCUUGCUCAGAUGCUGGUGAGUAAGGGGAUUCGGGUGAAUGCGGUGGCGCCGGGUCCGGUUUGGACGCCAAUACAACCAGCUUCCAUGCCUGCCGAGAUGAUUCAGAGUUUAGGGUCAGAGGUGCCAAUGAAGCGAGCAGCUCAACCAUCGGAGAUUGCACCCUGUUAUUUGUUCUUGGCAUCCCUUCAGGAAUCUUCUUAUUUUAGUGGCCAAGUUCUCCAUCCAAAUGGUGGGGUGAUCGUCAAUGCUUAG